AUGACCAACAUGCUUGGCGGGAACAUCCUUGGUGACUUGGUGACAGGAAACUCACUACCUCCGCCCUUUGCCAAUUUGCUUUCCUCUUCCACCCCUCUCAGUUAUUGCAAUCUUUGCUGUAGCAUUUUGCGCCCCUGAUGCAGCAGAGGCCCGCAAGUCUGGGAGUGGGAGGAACCCCGCUGGAACCCCUAGGCCCCGCCGGGAGUCUGAGAAGCCCCAGCUGGGGCUGCGGUGGGCGCGCAGCAGCUAACUGCUGGAUGUAGCAGCGGCGCCGCCUUCCUGCUGGGAUCGCCUCGCUUCUCCGCCUCCCUCAGGCAGGGGUCCUCCUUCUCAAGCUCGUCGCUGCUCCAGCCCCAGGCCCACGGCCACGCGCAGCAACGUUCCUCUUCGCAGCUCCGGUCACCUGCACGGCAGCCCUCGGCGCUGGGGUCCGCUGCCCCCGACCCGGAGCUGGGGACCAGGGCGCGGGGCGCGCGUGGGCGGCCGCGGGCUCUUUCCUCACUUCUCCCCACCCCACGCGCUCCCCCUCGGCCCCUCCUCCCCACACUCCGCUGCCCUGCGCCCUCCGGAGAGUUGUCCGGCACCUUGGGCGAGGAGUUCGGAGCUGCCCCGCCGCAGAGCCCGCGCGGCCCGCAGAGCGCGAGCGAAGCAGGGGCCGGAGCCCCGCCGCCGCCAUCUCUGCCUUCUGUGUGGGUUGGACCCCGGCAACGAGGUCUCCUUCCUACUUUGGAAACUGAAAGGACUGCGACAUAAACCAGUCUACUCUCUGAAGUAAGAUGAUUUGUCAAAAAUUCUGUGUGGCUUUGUUACAUUGGGAAUUUAUUUAUUUGAUAACUGCAUUUAACUUGGCAUACCCAAUUACUCCCUGGAGAUUUAAGUUGUCGUGCAUGCCACCAAAUACAACCUAUGACUUUCUCUUGCCUACUGGAAUCUCAAAGAACACUUCAAAUGUGAAUGAACAUUAUGAGGCAGUUGUUGAAGCUAAAUUUAAUUCAAGUAGUACCUACUUUUCUAAUUUAUCUUCCAAAACAACUUUUCACUGUUGCCUUUGGAGCGAGGAAGAUAAAAACUGUUCUGUACAUGCAGAUGAUGUGGAAGGGAAGGCAUUUGUUGCAACAGUGAAUUCUUUAGUUUUCCAACAAAUAGGUGCAAACUGGAACAUACAGUGCUGGACGAAAGAGGACUUGGAAUUAUUCAUCUGCUAUAUGGAGUCACUAUUUAAGAAUCCUUUCAAGGCUUAUGACCUUAAGGUCCAUCUUUUAUAUGUUCUGCCUGAAGUGUUAGAAGAGUCACUUCUGGUCCCCCAGAAGGGCAGUUUUCUGACUGUUCAGUGUAACUGCAGUGUUGGUGACAGCUGUGAAUGCCAUGUGCCUGUGCCCACAGCCAAACUCAACCACACUCUUCUUAUGUAUUUCAAAAUCAUGUCUGGUGGAGUAAUUUUUCAGUCACCUAUGAUGUCAGUUCAGCCCAUAAAUGUUGUGAAGCCUGAUCCACCAUUAGAUUUACAUAUGGAAAUCACAGACACUGGCAAUUUAAAAAUUUCUUGGUCCAGCCCAACAUUGGUACCAUUUCGACUUCAAUAUCAAGUGAAAUAUUCAGAGAAUUCUUCAACAAAUAUGAGAAAAGCUGAUGAGAUUGUCUCAGCUACAUCUCUGCUGGUAGACAGUGUGCUUCCUGGGUCUUCAUAUGAAGUUCAAGUGAGGGGCAGGAGACUGGAUGGCCCAGGACUCUGGAGUGACUGGAGCGCCCCUCUGAUCUUUACCACACAAGAUGUCAUAUACUUUCCACCUAAAAUUCUGACAAGUGUCGGGUCUAACGUUUCUUUUCACUGCAUUUAUAAAAAUGAAAACAAGAUUGUUUCCUCAAAAAAGAUUAUUUGGUGGAUGAAUUUAGCUGAGAAAAUUCCUCAAAGCCAGUAUCAUGUCAUGGGUGACCAUGUUAGCAAAGUUACUUUUCGCAGUUUGAAGGCAACCAAACCUCGAGGGAAGUUUACCUACGAUGCAAUAUACUGCUGCAACGAGCAUGAAUGCCACCAUCGCUAUGCUGAAUUAUAUGUGAUUGAUGUCAAUAUCAAUAUAUCAUGUGAAACUGAUGGGUACUUAACUCAAAUGACUUGCAGAUGGUCAACCAAUGCAAUCCAAUCACUCGUGGGAAGUACUUUGCAGUUGAGGUAUCAUAGGAGCAGCCUUUACUGCUCUGAUGUUCCAUCUAUUCAUCCCAUAUCUGAAUCUAAAGAUUGCCAUUUGCAGAGAGAUGGUUUUUAUGAAUGCGUAUUUCAGCCAAUCUUUCUAUUGUCCGGCUAUACAAUGUGGAUUAGAAUCAAUCACUCUUUGGGUUCACUUGACUCUCCACCAACGUGUGUUGUUCCUGAUUCUGUGGUGAAACCACUGCCUCCAUCCAGUGUGAAAGUGGAAAUUACUGUAAAAAUUGGAUUAUUGAAAAUAUCUUGGGAAAAGCCAGUCUUUCCAGAGAAUAAUCUUAAAUUCCAGAUUCGCUACGGCUUAAGUGGAAAAGAAGUACAGUGGAAGAUGUAUGAGGUGCAUGAUGCAAAAUCCAAUUCUGCCAGCGUCCUGGUGCCAGAUCUGUGUGCUGUCUAUGCUGUUCAGGUGCGCUGCAAGAGGCUGGAUGGGCUGGGAUAUUGGAGCAAUUGGAGUAGUCCAGCCUACACAGUUGUCACAGAUAUAAAAGUUCCUACCAGAGGACCUGAAGUUUGGAGAAUAAUUAAUGAAGACACCACUAAAAAAGAGAGAAAUGUUACUUUACUUUGGAAGCCUCUGAUGAAAAAUGACUCAUUGUGUAGUGUAAGAAAAUAUGUGGUAAAACAUCAUACUUCCCGCAAUGGAACAUGGUCAGAAGAUGUGGGAAAUCACACUCAAUUCACUUUCCUGUGGACAGAGCAAGCACAUUCUGUUACAGUUCUGGCCGUCAAUUCAAUUGGUGCUUCUUUUGUGAAUUUUAAUUUAACAUUCUCAUGGCCUAUGAGCAAAGUAAAUACCGUGCAGUCAUUCAGUGCUUAUCCUUUAAACAGCAGUUGUGUGUUUCUUUCCUGGAAAUUAUCACCCAAUGAUUACUCUCUGAUGUAUUUUAUUACUGAGUGGAAAAUUCUUAAUGAAGACAGUGAAACUAAAUGGCUUAGAAUCCCUUCAUCCUUUAAGAAGUAUUAUAUUCAUGAUCAUUUUAUCCCCAUCGAGAAGUAUCAAUUCAGUCUUUACCCAGUAUUUAUGGAAGGAGUGGGGAAACCGAAGAUAAUUAAUAGUUUUACCCCAGAUGAUAUUGAAAAACGCCAGAAUGAUGCAGGUCUAUAUGUAAUUGUGCCAAUAAUUAUUUCCUCUUCAAUCUUAUUGCUUGGAACAUUAUUAAUAUCACACCAAAGAAUGAAAAAGAUGUUUUGGGAAGAUGUUCCAAACCCCAAGAACUGUUCCUGGGCACAAGGACUUAAUUUUCAGAAGCCAGAAACGUUUGAGCAUCUUUUUGUCAAGCAUACAGAAUCAGUGAUAUUUGGUCCUCUUCUUUUGGAGACUGAAGCCAUUUCAGAAGAUGUCAGUGUUGACACAACAUGGAAAAAUAAAGAUGACAUGGUGCCAACAACUCUGGUCUCUCUACUUUUGGCAACUCCGGAUCUUGAAAAGGGUUGUAUUUGUAUCAGUGACCAGCACAACAGUGCUGACUUCUCUGAGCUUGAGAGCAGCGUGGUAACCUAUGAGGAUGAAAACAGGAGACAGCCCUCUGUUAGAUAUGCUACCCUACUCAGCAGCUCUAAAUCAAGUGACAUUGAUGAAGAGCAAGGGCUUCUAAACAGUUCAGUCAGCAAAUGCUUCUCUAGCAAAAAUUCUCUGUCCAAGGAUUCUUUCUCUAACAGCUCGUGGGAGAUAGAAACCCAGGCAUUUUUUAUAUUAUCAGAUCAGCCUCCCAAUAUAAUUUCACCACACCUUCCGUUCUCAGAAGGAUUGGAUGAAUUUUUGAAACCUGAGGGAAAUUUCCCUGAAGAAAAUAAUGGUGAGAGGUCUGUCUAUUAUUUAGGGGUCACCUCAAUCAAAAAAAGAGAGAGUGGUGUGUUUUUGACAGACGAGUCACAAGUGUUGUGUCCGUUCCCAGCCCAUUGUUUACUCACUGACAUCAGAAUCCUCCAGGACACUUGCUCACAACUUGUAGAAAAUCAUUUCAGUUUAGGAACUAAUGGUCAGAAGACUUUUGUGUCUUACAUGCCUCAGUUUCAGACUUGUUCUACUCAGACUCGGAAGAUAAUGGAAAACACAAUGUGUGACCUAACUGUCUAAUUUCAUUCAAGAAACAUCUCAGAUGUAUGUUACAGUGAAUCAUAUGAAGUGUAUGUAAUACAGUCCACCAUGGUUGUGGAUAUGGGAGAGGAAGGAAAACUGUCAAACUUGAAAGUGAGUGUUUCCAAAUUAAAGGUAUCUGUCAUUGCUCAGUAAUAUUGACAAAAAAUGAGAGAAAGUCUUCAAGAGCCCGGCAAUGUAGACCGACUCUUCUAAUGAUUUCAUUAACAAGCUACGCUAGGAAGAUCUCCAAUGGCUUGUUUCUAGCUAGAAAUGAACCCAACAAAUACCAUCUUUGGCGAACAUUAGACCUGUGUAGAAAGAGCUAAUCUUCUCGAUUAUACCUAAGUUUGAAAGACACUGUGGGAUGUAACUUGUUUCAAAGGUAUGGUUGUUUUAUCUUGAGUUGUCUUUGUUUUCAACUGAUUCACACGUGUGCGUGCGCGCACACACACACACACACACACACACACGUCUAUACAUAAGAGGCAUCCUCGUACAUUUUUGAAGUAUGUGAUAUAUUUGUAUUUGUGCCACUUGACUGUGUGAUUUUAAGAUUUUGCAAUUUAACAAACUUGCCUUGAGCACUUACUCUGUGGUAGGCAGUCUGCUAAAUGUUGCAGAUUUAGAUCUGGCCUGGGGGAUGUACUUCUGAAGACUGACAAGUAAGCUGAUCUUUAUGUAUCGAAUAUAACCAUGCAAUGAUACUACCUAUCAGAAUGGCAAUACUAGAAUACAAACAUUUUGAUGACAACAAAAGCAUUUUGAAAACAUAAUGUGUGUCUUAACGCUUCCCUGUAAAAGAUGUUGCAGUGGUUGCUUUCUGAUACAGUUAGAUGACUAAAUGCUACUGUAUAUCACUCUGGAAUUAUUGUCUUCCCUGAUUCCAACUUGCUUGUACACUGUUUUUUUUUUUUUUUUUCUCACUUCUCUUUCAUAUAACCACCCACUGUGUUAAAGCUUUCCAUAUUUUAUCUCAAUCAAUUAUUAAAAUAAUUGUAUGAGACAUGUACUACUAUAACACCCUUAUUAAAGAUUAGAAGAUUAAGUAAUUUUCCCAAGGACACAGAGUUAGUGUAUAAUGGAACCAGAAUCCAGAUUUAAACCCAGAUCUUUUAAUGCUAGUGAUUAUGUUUUAAACCUAUACCUUACGUUGCUGUCCAUUAAAAAAAUGACUCACAAGCAGAUAAAAUUUGUUAAGUGGAUAUAUAAUCCUGGGUGAAAAUGAAGUGAGAAUUACACAAAUGUUGUUUUUGCCUUUAAAGACUUUAAUAUUUCUUGUUUGUUUCAGUUUUUGGUAUGGCAAGAAAACUCCGAGACAGCAUUUUGAGCAACAAACUAAUCAAGAAACCUGCAGAGAUAGAUGUUGAGUGUCAAUAAAUCAGAAUGUCAAGAUGAUCAGUAUAAUCAAAAUACAUACCUUAGUACUCAGAAAUAUGCCUAUUAGAUUGCUAAGCAUCACCAGUUUCAUACUUGGCCUGAGAGAGGAUCCUGCUGAUUUUACUGUUACCCUAGAUAAAAUCCUACACUCCAUCUCUAUUCUAGUUGUGGCCAUAUGAAAUGAGAAGUUCUAGACAGUGACAAAGAUCUCAGGGCCCAAACAACAGGUAUUUUUUUUCACACUUCAUGAUCAUUUGCCAAUUAGAAAUCAGUAAAGUUGUUUCAUGCCAUAAGGAUUGUUGAGAUAUCUCAGGAUCUCACAUACUCAUCAACAGAUAGGUGACUCACAAGACAAUGGUAGAGGGCUCACAUCAACUCACUGAAUUAUGAGUGUCGUAUGAAAGCCUUAGUUCUAUACAAAGAUAAAUUGAGAGAAUACAUUUUUUUUCACUGAUGUUUUAAGUGGUUUACAGAUUCAGAAACAGAAAGAAAUUAUUGCAUGUAUGGAAGUUCUGGCAAAAUUGACCAUUAUUUUUAAUGCUGCUUAUAGAAUAUAGAAGUUGGAUUGAGGAUGCAGUAUAGAAGAGUUACAUUUUGCUCCAUUCUGAAUAAAGUUAGAGAUUAAACAAUGAGCAUGUCCACUGAGACACAACAUUCUCCUGUGGCCUGGGACCCAUGACUAUAUGACUAUGGGGAAGAGAAGGUGACAGAUGUUCCAAACAGCCUAUGAUUUCACCAUGCUAUGUGUAUGUGGCAGUGAAUUCAGAAGUCCCAGCACCAGUGUAGUGCUGCAGGUCUGAGUUAAAGGAAUUUAGUAACAAUAUAUUAACGAGAUCAUUGAUAUCCCGGUGCACAGUUCCAAAAACAAAUGAAAACAUCUCAAGUAGUGAAGUGCCAAGGGAGUUGUUUUCAUGGAGAGGGCUGAAUGGUAGAGUUUGGCCUAUUGGUAUAUAUAGAUUUAGAUCCUAUCUGUUGUCAGUGUGUUAGGGCUCUGAUUUUCACUUUUGAAAGUUUGUUUCACUGCAUAUAUCACUAUACAUUAUUGGGUCUUUAUGAAAAUUAUCUGUCAUUAAGUAGUGGGUUUUAAUAAAAAUAUAGGUAAAUUUAGAACAUUUUAUACUUCAGGAUGGUCUGAUAUUUUCCAUUUCUUUCCAAAGAUUCCUUAAAAAAUUUUUUUAAGGGAGAGAAGAGCUGAAAUAUGGAUUUGCACUUUUAAACUUAGGAUAAAUCUGGAAUUUGGAGUAUUUCUCUUAAGGCCUUGAAUUGCAACACAAGUUACCAGUCUCUCUAAAUCUGAACUUGAUGAAAAGAAAUUCAGAAGUUAAUAAUUUGGGAUAUGGCCUCAAGGUUCAACAUAAGACAAAUCACUUGUCAGGACUAAUGAGAUUAUACGUUUCCUAUGUUAAACUCCCUAAAACAAAGAAGAAUAAUCAAGGUGUGGUUAUCAGUAACAGCAGGGGCCUCCCACGGAGCCCUGUGUUCCCAUUUGGAGAUGGGCUACAUAUGGACAAGAGGAAUAGGAACAGAUAUUCUUUUAUGUUUAAGCCUCGUCUCAAGUGGUAAGAGGACUUGGAUGAAAUUUGCAAACCAGUGGGUGAUUCUGGACCUAUAAUAAGGUUUUAUGGCACCGAGCAUGAGCUGCGUUUAUCUUCUCUCUUCCCUUUCCAAUAAAACCAACUCCCUCUUUCCAAAUAUCAAACAUAUGGUCACAUUCCCUUACGAAUGUUCACUUUGACUACACAAAUACUGAGAGAAGAGAAACUUCCUUCACAAACUGAUGCCAGAUUCCAAAACUACUUUGGUUGGCACGGGAUACAGGCUAGGCCAUCAGACCUGUGCCCAUGGGGACCACGUGGGGUUGGACAACGUGCUAAAUGGAUCAAGACAUGCUGCAACCAUAUGUCACCUAGACAUGGAUGGAAAAAGACCUCUUUCCAAAUUCCUUCCUGUAGUUUUAAAAAGAAAUGUGCUCCACUGUUCAUCUUUUGAGGGUCAUCUUGAUAGUUAAGGACUCUUCUAAAGUUAUUAUUGAGAAAACACACUGUCAGAUGUAAAACACAAAAUUGUCCACUCUACUAUGAAAAACUGCGUUUGAGGAAAAAAAUGCAAACAUAGUCACCAAAGGAAAUGUGAAGAAGCAUUUACAAAAGGAAACUAGAGAAGUCAGUAGUUUUGCCUUAUCUUGCACAACUAAAUUAAAACAGUAAAGCACGCCUGCACACAGUCACAAUGUUGGGGGGGGGGUGCAAUUUAGAAUACAAAGGUCUUCAUUAGAACUGAGUCAUGUUACUUGUUACUUGUAUGAGCAUCAAAAAUGGUUUCCAUGGGUGUUUAUAUUGCACAAAUUAUUUUUAUACAAAGUUUAUCAAUCAGUAUUUAUUUUGGAAAGCUGCUGAAGAUGUCUAUUUUUCAAAAUUAACUACACUUCAGAUGUUUGGCAUUAAAUUCAAUUUUGUGAGGCCCUUGACAGGAUAUUUUAAAUAAUGGUCAUUCCCUGGAACUGAGAAAGAAUUUGGAAAAUAUCUAAUUUUGUAGUGAAAUACCUAGAUUGCAGAUAUUGUACUUUAAAAACGUGUCAUUAAAGUUGGUAUCAGUUACUACUUUCUUUUAGUCACCAUUGGUACUUUAAUAAAUGUUAUAAGUGUUGAGAAUCAUUUUAUAAAAUGUAAUUAGUCUAAUUCUCCUUUAUGUUCCUAAAGUCAUAAAGAAGGAAGAUAAUUUAUGACUGUGAAUAUUUUCAUUUUUUUAUCAUUAUAAGUCAUGAACGAUGUCAGAAUUUUAAGAAAUGGAAAGUCCAAAUAGAGUUAUUAUGAAUUUAAGUUAUUUUAGAAUUACUUCAUCUAUUGUAUGAUUGCUUUUAGUAAAGUUUUGAAAAUAUAAAGAAGUAAUCUUUGUAGUUUAUGUCAGUAGUUAAUAUAAAAUUUUUAUACAUUGUUAGCCUUUAUAUCUUCAAAAUACUUAUAUAAUGCCUUGGCUUUGAAAGGGGUUUGAAAACAUUUUAGAUGCAAGUAUUUCCCUUUAUUGUUACUGUCUCUGGUAUCUACUCAAUACAUCACCCCACACCAGAUUUUUCCUGGCAUCAUAGCCACUUGUGAUAACAAAUUACUCAUUUUAAACAUAAAGAGCUCUUUGGUUCGAUUCUUUAUUUCCUUAAGAAAUCUUGAUUUAGUGAUCUGUGAAUAUUUGUCAUUUAGACUUCAAGCAGUUUGAAUUUUUAACCACUUUGAGGGCUAGUAUUCAGAUACAUUCUAUUUCCUGCUUUCUGAUUUUAAAAUGUGAAUAGAACAAAAUACACACUGGAAAAAUUUCAAACAGUACAGAGAACUAUAAGAUAAAAAGUAUAAGUGUCUCUCCCCUCCCAACCCUCAGUUCCUAUUCCCCCAAAUAUCCUGUUAUUAUUAGUCACAUAUCUUUUGAAAAAUUUAUAGAGUUGCAAUUGUAUUUCGCUUGCUGUCAUAAAAUUAUUAAGGGAAACUUAAUAUAUCUUGGUGAUAUUUCCAUAUAAACCCACAUAUACCUACUUCAUUAUUUGUAGUGGUUUAAUACUGUCCCUCUGUAUCGAAGUACAAUGAUUUAUGUAAACAGUUUACAAUUGGCAAACAUCUGUGUUUUUUUUUUUUUUUACUAUUUUUUUUUUUUAUGUGCAAUGCUGAAGUGAACAUUUGUGUAUAUAAUUGCCUUGGCAUAAUUUUGCAAAUCUACUUGUCAGGACUAUUGGUUGCAAGUGUAAGAAAUCAACUCAAAUUAUCUGAGUAUCUUUUUGAUGUGUUAAUUUCAUCUUGAAUGAAGUUGAGCAUAUUUUCACAUUAUAAGCCAUUCGGUUUUCUCUACUUUCAUAUUCUUUGCCUAUUCCUUAUUGAAUUAUUAUCAUUUUGUUGAUUCCUUGUAAUUAUUUUUUACAUAUGUGAUCUUAGUUUUUCUUAAUUGAGAUACAGCUUAUAUACUGUAAAGUACACAAGCCUUUGGUGACUUUUUACACAUUUCCCCUUGAGUAUUUACCCAGGAGUAAAAUUGCUGAAUGCAGGCUAGGUCCUAAUUUAUCUUUAAUAGAUACUGUAAAGUAAUGGUUGAACUAACUUACACUGCCAUCGGUAAUGUAGAAGGGUCCUGCUGUUUCAACACUGAUAGUGUCAGCCUUUGAAUGUUAGCCAUUCUGAUGGUUGUAUAACAGUUUCUCGUGGUUUCAGUUUGUGCUUCUGUAAUAUGUGACGGUUUUAAGUAAUAUUUAACUAAUCCCUCUCUUGCUAUUUUUGCUAUUUUUGUCAUAUAUCUUAUUUCCAUGUAUUUCAUAAACAUCUAAAGUGUUGUUGUAUUGUUGCUUAUAGCAGUAAAUAGUCUUUCAAAUUUG